AACCCCAUAUAAUCCUCGUGUGUAAAUUCAGUUCCUUGUACCUUUAACCCUUGACUCCUCGGCCAACCCAAAUAAAAACCUCAUACGUUCCCCCUGUUUCCCAUAUUCAUUCACAAGUCCCUUACAUAAAAAGGCAAACUCCGGUGAUUGAUUUCUCUCAUGCCCAACCGCUCUCCAUCUCUCUCUGUGUAGGCUAAGCAAGAGACAACAUAUAUUCCUUGUUCUAGGCGUAUUCCUGCUUUCCUGUUCAUCUUCUCCGGUACUAUGGGUUCGUCGGAAGUUAUGGAUUCCGGGAGGUUCCCAGCUGCCCAGAAGUCAAACUUUGCUCAUACUUGUAGUCUUCUCAGUCAAUACUUGAAGGAGAAGGGUAGCUUUGGAGAUCUCAGCCUUGGUCUCACCCGAAACUUUGAGCCUAAUGGGCCUCCGACUAAGACCAUGAAUUUGCUCCCCAUGAUCGAGAAAACGGGUAAGAAUUCCGAUGCGCCGGCGGCGGCUAGGACUCCCAGCAUGCCGGUAAAUCUUUUUGGCACCGCAUUCCCUAAAGGAGAAGCCCAAAAGAAAACCGAUGACAGUGUGGUAAAGGCGGAACCAGAAACUGCCCAAAUGACGAUUUUCUACAAUGGACAAGUCAUGGUGUUCAAUGACUUCCCAGCAGACAAGGCCAAGGAAAUCAUGCUUUUGGCCGGCCAGGGAUCUUCACCGCAUGGUGUCAACACUUAUGCUACUGCUAACAUGGUUCCAAAACCGGCUGAAUCUGCUACCACCAACUUGGUUACCUCUUCUCCAAGCAUUGUCCCCAGCUUUGCUAACAACUUGGUCCAAGAAUCUGCCCAGAAACCUCUUCAACCGAAUUUUAAUGAUUUGCCAAUUGCAAGGAAAGCUUCACUCACAAAGUUCUUGGAGAAACGAAAAGAUAGGAUCACAGCAAGAGCACCAUACCCGGUGGGAGCUGCUGAUCCGAAGCCGGCUGAAAGCAAGACAUGGCUGGGCUUCGCUGCUCAAUUCCCUGUGCAAAUGGAGCGCCAUGCGUAGUUUCUUGAUAAAAAAAAAGUCUUGCUUUUGGGUUAUGCUAAUCUGUCCCCGGAUUGAUGAUUGAUUCCGCAGUGGAAGUUAAAAAAAAAGCUGUUUAAUAUCAUCGUUAUUAACUAGAGCAUUUAAGUGUUUAGAUCUGACCAUAUACACCAGUCAAUUUUUGUUAUUGUUGGUUCUUCCUUCGUGUAAUUAGAGACUAGAGAGAAUAUUUUAUUCCUUGUCCAUCUAUCUAGUUCAUGUUAGCAUGCUGCUACUAUAUGUAUCAGAAGAUCCUGCUGAGAUUCAUCGAUCUGAAACCUGAAUUUUCUUGCGCCAA